AGCAAGUGGUGAGCGGAGGUCAAGCAAGAGCUACCUCCUCCUCUUCCUCUUCUUCUUCUUCCUCCUCCUCCUCUUCUUCUUCUUCUUCUUCUGUCCUUCCUUCUCAUCAUGCUCCACGCUUGAACAAGCUCCGAGACUUCCGAGAAGAUGGAUGAGCAAAACCUUACUGUCACACUCUCCGAGGAUGAGGAUGAAAAGACAAAGGAAAACAAGCCUAUUACGUUCUCUCAGUUCUCCUCGACUGUUCGAGCUGUGGUGCGGAUUCGGCAGAAGUACCAAGCGAUGAAAAGACGCCGUAUGGACCGGUCAGCAUCGCAAUGCAGUGCUCACUUACUGCCUCAGAGCAACGAUCAGCGCUCCACCAGCCCCAAGAUCUUCACGUUUGAUGUGGGCGAUGGUAACAGUAUUGUUGGUGUAGGAAAGAAAAAGAAGAGGAAAAAGCCACGAGUCCUCUUCCCCAAUAGCAGCCGCAGAGUUUUGCCCACCAAAGAGCAGAGCCGGGCAAAGAGUUGCUUGGUCUUGCUUUGUGUUGUGGUUUUCUUGCAGGUUUACAAUGCCAUUGAAAACCUGGAUGACCAUGUGCUCAAAUACGAUCUGGAUGGACUUGAGAAAACACUUAAAAGAGAGGUUUUCGGACAGCAGGAGGCGACUGACGGCCUGCUGGGACAUUUAAAAGAUUACUUGUCCACAUAUGUUCACAGUAAACCUUUGGUUGUGUCUCUUCUUGGGCCCAGUGGUGUAGGAAAGAGCCACAUAGGAAGGCUAUUGUCUCAGCACUUUCGCUCUGUAGUGGGUGAGCAGCUGGUCAUGCAGUACUUUGUGCUGCACCACUGUCCUACGGAAGGAAACAUCCCAGUGUGUACCGAAACUCUGACCUCCCAAAUCUCUGAGAUGGUGACUCAGGCAGAAGAAGAGGAGAAGAUACCCCUGUUCAUCUUUGAUGAGAUGGAGCACAUGCCUACUGAGCUGCUGGACACUGUGCACCAUCUUAUCAUGAAAAAAGGCAACAACGAAUAUUUAAACGCCAUCUACAUCCUCAUCAGCAACCUGGAGCAAGAGGACAUUACAAAGUUUGUCUUACAGAACUCCACGAGCAGCAUAGUUUUGGGCCGAGGGCUCAUCAGCAAGGAAUUCAACGCUUUGCUGCUUAGUAAUCUCAGAAAGCAUCAUUCGCUGUGGCUGGAAGCUGAGCUGCUUCCUCUCACCCUUCUGGAAAAAAGCCACGUAAUGGAAUGUUUUAUUGAUGAGAUGUCCCGUGAAGGAUUUUACCCAGACCGCACUCAUGUAGAAAGACUAGCAGACGAGCUGGGUUACUAUUCUGUGGGUGAACGAGAGUUUUCACGCACUGGAUGUAAACAAGUGGUGGCAAAAGUGAAUCUUUUGUGAAACCAAAAGCUGUGUACACUGAGCUCAUGCUCAUGGAUACAGAUAGUCAAAUACUAUUUGAGCAAAAUACUGAUGCAACAAGAUCAGUACUAGUCUGCGAUGGCUGGAAAAGACUGGCAUGGUUUCUUUGUUAUUUUUAUAGCUCUAAAGAGGAAUGUUCUGAAUUUAGAAUUUUAAAGAAAGUUGCUGUUUUUUUUAUGCAUUUGUUUUUUUUUUUGUUUUUUCUUUUUCCCACAAAAAUUUUUUGCAAAUGGAAAGUGUCAAUGACUGUUUCUCUCUCAGACACAGCGCAGAAGGAUUCCUGUCUACUCUGUUUUAUAAUUGGUUGUUACUUGUAAACUUCUGUAGGAUGGAACAUGUCAACAAAUGCUCAUUUCUCCCGAAUGAAACCAGGGCGAUGCAGCUGAAAGACCUUUCAGGAAAGAAAACAACAUUGAGUGUUUAGAAUUAGGGCAGACCUACAAAGACAAAGGUUUCAGUGAUAAGCUCAAAGAGAGCAGAGUACAUUUUUAGAUCAAAGAUUAAAUUACAUGAAGUUGUUGUUCUACAUGAUUUACAAUAUCUGUUCUUUUAAUUCAGCUCCUGGAUUAAGAUUUACACCCAAACACCACUGUAAAAUCACAUUAAACCAGAGGCAUGUUGAUUUUC